AUGGAGGGGCUGAGCGCCUCGGCUGCCUUCUGGGAUCACCUCCGCAAGCUGUGCCUGGACCAGUUUCCUUGCGGGGUGGGGAGCUGGAAUAAAUCCCGGUUCCCCCCCCGGAGGCCCCCCCACCUCCAUGGCCUGCCCGCCCCCCGCCAGGCCGUUCUCCCCUGGCGCAAUGGUGUCCAGUCGCCCAACGAAGAAACGGUGGAAGUGCUCACGGAAUUCCUGCGGUGCCCCGACUCCCCGUGGGCCCUGCCCCCCGACUGCAGCCCCCCCGAGCAGCAGUUGCGGGAACUGGCCGUCCAGUCCCCGGGCAUCGUCCGGAACAGCUUCCUCUGCUCCUACUUCAGGUCCCUCCGGAUCGUGAACAAAGGGGUGACUGAAAUUGAUGUUGGCUUGUUAAAAUUUCCCAACCUGGAAGAGCUCAUCUUAACUGCAAAUCAGAUCAGCACCAUCCCUGCUGCCAACCUCCCUCCAGGCCUGAAGGUGCUGGAGCUCUGUGGCAACGAAGUGCAAAGUUUAAAGGACCUGUGCACGUCCCCCCCAGCCGGACUGCAGCAUCUAGGCCUUGGCCACAAUUGCCAGCUGGGGUCCUCGGAGGAACAAUAUUUGGCAGAUACUUUCUGGCCAAACCUCGUCUCCCUCGACUUCAGCUACAACAAUUUCACCAACCUGCUAAGCCUCCUUUCGAAGCUUUUGACCUUGAACAAGCUCCGGAUCCUGGUUCUGCAGGGGAACCCCUUUGCCCUCCUUCCAGGUUACCGGGGUUUUACUGUCGACAGCCUGCCCCAAAUCUCUGUCUUUGAUGAUGUCAUCAUCACCCCAGAUGAAAGGCACAACUUCCUCAACCUGACUAGCUACCCAGAGCUCUUACUGCACGAUGUCAAACUGAUCGUCACCAUUGGCAAGAUCAGAGGUGUUCCCAACCCGGUUGGCCCAGAGGAACUGGAGAACAGUCCUGACUCCCCAGUGAUAACUUACAGCUACUAUGUGACGUACGAAUUUGCCAAGGGUGAAAAAAAAGGGGAUAAGGAAGCCAGCAAGGACAGUGAGCCGCUGGCUGCGGUGAAUGCUCCAAGCUCGCCCUUCGUGACGGUGGAUGGGGAGACUCCCGAGCCUGCGCCUGGUCAGCCUUCGCCCAAGCCCGAGACAGGAAAUACACAUUCUACCGCCAGGAAGGCUUGGGCAGAGACCAUCGACUGCGAGUACCGAAAAGAGCACCUCACCCAAGAUCUGGUGGCCCUCAAGGCUUAUCUUCUGGCUGGAACCACCGUGGCCGUGGUUGAGGAAAAGGUUGUCUCCUGGCCCGUGGCCCUCACUCCCGAGGAAAGCCCGGGCAGGAAAGGAAAGGGGAAAGGAGAGAAAGGAAAAGCCGAUCCGGGGAAGGCAGAGAAAGGGAAGAAGGAGAAAGGGAAGGCCAAAGACACCGCAAAGGAUGGGAACAAAAAGAAGAAGAAACCGUUUUCCCCAGAGCUCCAGAGCGACCCCCCCAUCGUGAAGGUCCUGGGCCCUCUUCACGUCAGCUUAGAAAAGCUGUUAGCAGGAGCAUCGUCGGUGGAGACCCUCUGUGACUUUGGGGUGCAGAUAACGGAGCUGAAUGCCUCCCCGCCGUCGCCCAGAGAAAAGGAAAAUAAGAAGGGUGCGAAAAAGGACGCAAAAGCCAAAUCUGGGAACGACAGCGUGAACUCUCGAAAAACACCAUCGCCUGCCAAAGGAAAGGGGCGGAAGAAGGACUCUCCUGAGGGAACCGAUUUGCUACUCAGCCAGCCCGUGCCUUUGACCGUGGAGUUUCAAAUGCAACAUAUAAAGUGGGAAUCAGCUUCCCACAUCUUAAAAACACAUGAAGCCUCAGAAUGA